AUGGCCGCCACAUUUCCCGCAAGCAGCCACAGUCGAUCGCUGCUCGUCGUCGUGCUCGUCGCCCUCUGCGCGUCGUUUCUCCUCCUCCCCCUUUUCUCCUCCCGGACGCUCUCCGACCGCGGUUCGACACCCCCGUUCGCCACGUCAUCAUCUGACCCAGCAGCUGCACUUCAAUUAAACCUCAGCCAACUAAUCGACUCGCAGCAGCUGAUUGGCUCGUUAGUCUCGCAAAUAGCGCCAGUCGACGUGGCAGUGCCAUCCGAACGUCUCGAGGCGCGAGUGAAAGAGCUUCUGGCCGCUUGGGAUCCGACACGUGUCAUCUCCCCUUCAACUGAAACGGGCAGAAAGGGACGGAAAGCGAAAAAGGGACGGAAAAAGCGCGGAAAGAGCGCUCAGGGGGGAGCUUCCGCCAAUGCCGCAGAGGGGGAAACAGCUUCCCUGUCAGGCGCAUCCGCGGAGGAAUCGCCAGGGGAGCUGGUGCAAGGGGGAACGGAACUGCUUCCCUCCGCCCCGCCGGUCCCCCGCGCGCCACAUCUGGUGGAUUGCGCGGAGCGCGCGAGGCAGCACCGCGAGGAGUGGUGGGCGGCGCGACCGGCGGACGGCUCCCUUCCGCCGUGGGCGGUGGUAUGGCGGGCGCGCGAGCAUGCAUCGCGAGACCCGAGCGCCUACGAGAUGCUACCACGCAGGGAGAGAGCGGAGGACAGGGAAGAGGAGGAGGUGGAAAGGGACGGGGGGGAGGGCGGGGAGGAUGAUGAAGUGAAGAGGGGGAGAGAAGCGAGGGAGAAGGCGCAUGGUGGGGGUUCAGGUGCUCAUGCAGUAACUGCUGCUGCUAGUGGUGGCGCUGCUGCUGCUGCUGCUGGUGAGGCUGCUGAAACCUCUUCCCAGCAAUUCUCUCUGAGCACGGAUGCUGACGUCAUAGCGGAGGGACCGUUUCCGCCAUGGGUGGAGGGCGGGGAGGGCGGGGAGGGCGGCAACCUGCCGCUGACGCGCCUCGUGCAGACCCACCUGUGGCGCCUCCAGUUCCCCGCCAACUGCUCCCAACCUCAUGUGCGGUGCGCUUCCCCUCCCCCCGUCCCCUCUUCCGCCCAUCCUCCCUUCCGCCCAUCCACCCUUCCGCCCAUCCUCCCUUCCGCCCAUCCUCCCUUCCGCCCAUCCUCCCUUCCGCCCAUCCUCUACCCCCCGAGCUCCCCUCACCUAUCCCGAUCCCCCAUGCAGCGAGCUUUGCUCUCCUGUCCCAACGCCAUUCCCUUCCCAAAGCCGUUGUCCCACCAGGGCCGCCCCCUCUCCUCGCCCCCCUGCCACUGGCGUCACCUGCUCCCAUUGCCUCUGUCCCUCCCUUCGUCCUCUCAUUGCCCCCUUUUCCCUGUUGCCUUCCCCUCCACAAAUGUCCACGUCUGCAGGUUCAUGUAUGCAGCGUUUGAGCGCAGGCGGCGAGACGGUUUCGCAAAGCAGCUGGUUUACAUGGCGGCAGCGCUGGGGCAGGCGGUGCAGCAGGGGCGCGUGCUGGUGGCACGCACGUACGACCGCACCCAGCAUGCGGGGUGUGAGGGGGAGGCGAACGCGCAGUGGCACUGCUACUUCCUCCCUGAGACAUCCGACGAGUGCCGCAGCUUCACCUCGCCUCCCCUCUAUCCUCUACCUCUCUCCCCCAUCCCCUCCCUCCCACGAUCCACCAAUCCCUCCGGCUGUCCCCCUCCCCCCGCCCCUUCUCCCCACAGGCGGGUGAAAGCAUUGUCAGAGCAGCCUGCCAGCUAUGUGGGGCCGGACCCCCUUAUAGUCACAGGGCGUAGAGUCACAGAGGCGCCGCUGGAGGAGUGGGGCGAGGGCGAGGGGGACGAGGGAGACUCUGACGUGUCAGCUGCGGAGAAUCCGACCAAUCAGAGCCCAAGCACGGACAUUUUGACCAAUGCGGGAUCAGAAGAAGCAAAAUCGGGCAGGCCAGGGUCAGCAGAAGAAUAUUUCCGAGCGGAGGUCCCGAGGGUGUGGGGGGAGCCGUGGCGGGAUAUGGUGGGGCGGGCUGAACCACCUGUGAUGGCGGGCCCAGGCGCACCAACCCCCACAACCAACCCGCUGUCCCCACCACGCCCCCCCAACCACAUCUCCCCCCAACCCCCUUUUUCCUCCCCCCAGGCUGAAGCACCUGUGGUGGCGAGCCCAGGCGCACCAACCCCCACAACCACCCCACUGUCCUCCCCAAAUCUUUCCCCACCUCCCUUUUUCCCCCCCCCCAGGCUGAAGCACCUGUGGUGGCGGGCCCAGGCGCUGCGCUUCCUGCUGCGCGCACCCUCCCCCUACCUCUGCCACGUCAGCAACGUGAUCCGGCAUGCUGAGUUCGGGUCAAUGGCGGCACGGCUGGCCGCGCUGGGGGAAGCUGCUGUGGCUCAGGCUGACGUGGCAGAAAAAGAUAACAGCCAACAGCAGCAGCCGGAGCAAAAGGAAGUGAAGCAGAAGCGGCAGCAGGCGCAGAAGCAGAAGCAGCGGGCGCAACGGCGGAGACUAGCAUUGCAGGCGGGUAGACAUUGGGCUGCCAACCACAACUCCUCCAGCGCCAGCGCCACCACCAGCAUGGCCAGCCAUGUUACCUCUGCAACCAUCGAUGCCACUGAAGUCGUUUCUUCCACUGCCCCAGCACAUACCCCCUCCACCACCCAAGAUAGCCCCAGCAGUAUGGAGAAUGACCUGUGGCGGCGGCACGUGGCGGUGUGGGUGCCAUGGCCGCUGGUGGCCGUGCAUGUGGGGAGGGCGGGGCAAGAUGGCGUGCAGGCGGGCGUGCGGAGAGCCGUGGGUGCGCUGGUGGCUGUGAGGCAGCAGCUCCCGGCUGCCCGCUUUGUGUGGCUCACUGCUGACGAGCAGGAGUCACACACGCCCUGCCCCUCCAUUCCCUCCUCUUCCUCAUUCCCUCAUUCUCUUAUUAUCUUCCCCCUCUGCCCGUCCACCGCCCCUCUCCUCCCCUCAGCCACUGGAGCAGCUGGCAACAACCCCUGGUUGAACCUAGCAGCAACCCCUGGUUGGACGUGGUUCUACUCACACACGCCCCCCUCCUCCUCAUCAUCUGCUUCAGCACCUGCUAAGCAGCAGCAGCAGCAGGCGCUGCAGGAGGUGGUGGGUGCAGCGUUCACGAAUGUGCUGGUGGCCCAGCAGGCCGAUGUGUUCAUCGGGUCAACCAAGUCUCCUCGGUCCUACCUCAUCUAUGCCCUGCGCUGCACUGCUGGGAAGCUCCAGAGCAGCUUCCUAGACAUGGGAUUAUGA